AUGAGCUUUUUCAAAAAGCCCACGUGGGCAGUCAAGAAUACGGGGGAAACUGGCACUGAUUUUUAUCGACGCUCAGGACAGACGUACUCUGAUAUUAUUGCUGCGAACCGUGAAGCACAGCAGAAGCAGCCGAAAGCACCAGAAAUCCCAGAAGAUACCGAAGAUACCGAAGACACAAAAGACACAAAAGACACAAAACGAAAGAAGCGUCGUCGAAUUUCUGAGGAGAAGGGGAAAGGGCGCGAUGAUAGCAGUUCAGUGCAAGAUGUGACGCACGAGGUUGAUAGGGUUCAAAUUGUGAUACCAAAGCCACAAGAGCUUUCAGGUUCCUCGCAUGAUUCUUCACCCGAGUCGGCCAAGUCAGUGAAACAACGCGAGACAACUCAAACACAUAGCCCAGAAAACCGCAUGUCUCAGUCACCGCAGAAAGCCAGUGGUCCGGCACCACUAGGUGCUCUACCUGUUCAACCAGUGAUUGUCCUGGCAGAUGACUCAGAAACUCGAAGCCCUCGACCUGUUGAGCCUCCUCGGCCUGUUCAACCGCCAAAGUCAGUGGAUGACCCGGUCGUCCAGAUCAUGAUCUCAUCUGAAAUUGCAAACACCAAACCAUUACUCGUCCAUCGAAAAAUGUCACAGCGACUAAGAGAUGUGCGGUUGGCAUGGUGCAAUCGCCAAAAUUUCGACCCUCAUAUACAAUCAUCGGUCUACCUGACCUGGAAGGGCCGACGUCUAUUCGACGUGACGACUUGCAGAAGUCUAGGCAUAAACACCGAGAAAGGCUCUGGGGGUAUCCUUGACUUUGAUGAUGACUCUACAGGCCAGAAGGAACUGCGCAUACAUAUGGAAGCGGUUUCCGGCUUACCUCUUCCAGUCAACCAGCCAACUGCACCUGAUAAUGACAAGUCGCCUACAGUGUCGCAACCCCCAGAAGAGGAUCAGGGUGAGCCAAUGAAACUUAUUCUGAGGAGUCUUGGAUACGACGAUUUCAGACUCAAAGCAAGACCAAAGACCGUGAUUUCGCGACUCAUAUCUGCUUUUCGGGACAAGCAGAAGAUUUCUGCGGACCAAGAUAUCUUCCUCCUGUUUGAUGGAGACAAACUCGACCCCGAUUCAUGUCUAGGCGACUAUGACAUCGACGAUCUAGAUCUGCUGGAUGUCCAGAUCAAAUAA